AUGGCAGCCAAGGAAGAGCCGGCAUUUAUCCAAGCUGCAUUUCGGACCAACGCAUGUCCGAAUGAUGGCCGGCCAAAGGCCCAGCGUGGGAUCUUCGCGCCAGAUGGGGAAAGCAUGGAGGGGAUCCCUACCUGCAGCAUCUGUUUGGAAGAGCUAGGUACCAUCCCCGAAGUGCCCCUGGAAGAGGAAUGUCCGUCCACUGUCGCCGGUUUGAAAGGAUGUGGACACUUGUUCCAUUCAGGCUGUAUCCUCCUGAACCUCCGCAUUCACAACACAUGUCCAAAUUGUCGACACCCCGUCAAAGGCCCAGCGAGAGGACGUUGCUCGAUUUUCUUCGUUCCAAAAAUUUCAUACGAAGAGCCGAUUGGGGUGAUAGAUGGAAGGUCCGUUGACGUGUCAAAAGAAGCCAAUGGACAGACCAGCACAAUAGAACACGUCCUGGAAAAGUGUCGCGUCCUCUCUACCCGUCUUUGCGAAUCUGAAAGGCUGCUCAACGAAAGUAAGAAGGAGGUUCAGCUCCUUAACAAGGCAAAGGACGAUGCGGAAGCGCAUGCAGAACAGCUUCAGGAAACAAUCAAACUCCGAGAUAGAGCGCUGCAGAGGGAGCGAAAACAUAUGGAGGAGUGCGAUCGACAAACACGUCAGGAAGCAGAUAUCAAGAUACAGGAGAUCAAGCGACAAUGCGAUAGUAGAGUUGACGAAAUAUCAGCAUACUGCAGAACAUUGGAGAGCAACUUGCGAAGAGCGGAACUAAUUGCAUUACCACACACGUCCGAUGACUUUACGCCGGCGUUCACUCAAGCUAUUGAGCAUCUGACAGAAAUGAGUGAUUUUAAGCUAGCGUUAUAUUCCUAUCAUCGGAAGUUGGAAACAUGUAAGAAAAGCCUGCAACAAUGGAAGGAUCGCGCCACAAGCCUAUUGAAAAGUAGUAAGGAGAGAAAGUCAGAGCUUGCGGCUGCUCGGGAAAUGCUGCAGGACAAGACUGCACAACUGGCUCGCCUUCAAGAAACUCAUGAUAUGGUCCAGAAGGAUAUACGAAGCCGGGAGCAGGAGCUAGAAAACAAAAUUGUGGAACUGGGGAACAUGAAGACACGAUAUCUUGCCGCGCAGGAAGAAAUCAUCAUAUUAAAGGGGCAGCUUGUUGAAUGGAACCGACAAGAAAUUGCUGUUAAUGACUUUACACCAUCGACGCAUGGAUCAUCCGUGAAAGGGUCGUGGGAUAAAGUGGGCGCUGCGUUUAUGCAACGUUCGGAUGCAACUGGAAAAAAAAGGACGACUACAGAAGUGCGCGAUACCAACCCCUUUGCUGCAAUUGCUGUUGCAGAGACCUCGACCAUAAAGGCGCGGGGCAAACGGCCGAGUGAUCAUUGCAGGGAUAUGCAGAUGGAAGAUGGCAACAAGCGACAGCCGUCCGAUCCGCCUGCUCCCAACGAUGACAGGGCUGAGCCUGCGCUUACCAAGAAACGGAAGACUGUCAAGCAGGAGCAGCAAUCGUUUAUGAAGCAGUUCUUUAAGGGAACCGUUACGUAGAUGCUAUCAAUGCAAUCUCAUGGAUUAGGACCAACGGUGGAAACAAAGGAUUCUUAAAAGUGGAAUUUUAUUCGGAAACUCGGAGCAGCCAAUGAUUCUGGUCCAAUUCAAGCCUUGUCCCGUAAUCCUUGUACGUGUGACAUGCCACCUCCCACUCAACUCCAAAGUCCGUUCUGGGUAGAUUACAGAUUAUCGGUCAUUUCGUGAAAUUGGCCAGUUCAGUGCACAUAGAAAUGCGUACCUGAGGCCAUACUUUUUGUCGGACGACAAAUAAUUUCCAGUAUUGCAGUGUUUGAUUAAUACUGGGGUAUUAGGCUGGGACGUUGUCCAUUAGUAUGCUAAAUUGGCGGGAAGCAAGGAAGCCUUUGCCUUCGAACUUACCGCAACGUCUUGUCCCUCCAUUUCCAGGCGAAAGUUUGGAUCGGGGUAGUCGAAUUGCCUGUAGUCCAGUAACGAGUUAUUUUACAUACGAUGAUCGAGCUACAAAGACACAGAGAGGCCCAAACGUACCAGACGGAACGAUAAUCUCUGUUGAACGUUAGGUAGACUGCCUGGUCUUUUGACAAUUUGGCAUAAUUGAGGAAAGACUUUGGCUCGGACGUUAGGUACAUCUGUAAAGCACAUGCUAUUAGGGAGACGCAACGCACACCACAAGUAUCUUACGCUACCGGAGCAUCGACCAGAUCGCUGGUCACAACAAUAUAAAACCUUUCGCCAAACCGCGGCACAGACUCUUCAGUAUUGCCAUCCUCGUCCAAUCUAACGAGCUGAAAACAGCUCCGCGCUGUAGGGCUUGUUUCAGUUGCACAA